UCGAAUAUUCGCACAUUCAGGCAGGCAGGAUAAGGGCGAGCGCGAGCGAGCGGUGUCCGAGUUGUCAAGAGUGGCAAGAAUUCGGCGCCGCGUCGCCCCUUCCGUGGCCGUGCCGAGCGGAGUGACCAGCGGCGCCGCCGUCGGCGCCACUCCAGAGGAUCCUCCAGCAGCCGUUCGCCAUCAGCCGAGCUCGCCAAUUUCGAGUUUCGGAAGCACCAUGUGUAGCUGAGACCGAAUUCGAGGCCGCUGGGACAUGCGUUAGCCGCUCAGUCUGGCGACCGGCGCGAUGGAGGAGGAUCUGGACGCUUUGGAAGCUCUGCAGGCGUCCGGCGAGGAAGAGGAGGACGUGGAGGAGGCGGCCAACGGCCACUGGUUCGACGAGCGCGCCUUCCUGGCCAGGACCAAUUGCCGGCGCCGCCUCUCGGAAUGCCUCGAGGAGGAGGAAGAGGAGGAAAACGCGGCCUCCGAGCCGCUGAGCGCCAACGGGGGCGGCAGCAGUUCCGCCUCCGGCCCGAGCGGCGGCGGCCCCAAGAGACACCACUCGGCCGAGGACAACGGCCAGCGGCUCAAGGCGGCGCCGCGGCGCCACCACUCGAGCGGCGGCUCCGCCGACUCGAUUCCACCCUCUUGCAGUUCGCCCCUGCACAUGGACAAGCGCUACGUUGACCUCAGUCUGGUCGAACUCAGGUCGCUCGCCUCCUCCUGCUCCACCCUCGACUCCAACGAUGACAUUUGGGUCAUGCGAAGCACCGAUAGCAGGGAGCUGGGCUCUCAGCCUCUGCCGGUGAUAGUGACGGAAGACGUCGAUGGGACUGCAAUGUCGUACCAUGACAACCCUCCUCCCCGACCCCGUGCAGGCACAUGGGGCUCCCAUGCGCGGCACGCGCACCCUCCGCCGCCACCCCCGUCGGCCUCGUCCAAUGAAAAGACCAAAGACGGACGUCAGAGGCGAAAGUCCGGAGAUGACAUUCUCACGUCUUCGCCUUCGAGAAAGCCGGUGCCGCUGUUCGAGGCCUUCAGACCCCGGUCCAAGUCGGACGCCUCCAAAAACAAGAGGCCCACAAUCAUUAGCCACAUGAAAAGCGCCAUGCAGCACUCGCUGAUGGCAGCCACUCGAGAGCCAAGCCUUCCUGAGUCCCCAGGCUCCUCUUCGGCAAACCAGGCUUCGGACCUCCGGCCUCGUCCAAGAUCCGGCUCCGAAAGCUCCAAAGGCGCCGUCUCCAAAGUGAUAGACAUGUUCAGAUACAGGUCGCACAGCGCCCUGUCAGCCGAGGACAAACGAAAGGCGAGAGCAGCAGCACACCAGCAACAUGUGGCCGCCGCACAAAGUGCAAUGUUGCGCCGGGGCUCCCUGGACCCCACAAACCGCCGGCUUUCGCUGGGAGGCGGAUCAGCCCACCGAAGCAACUCAAGCGACUGUUCCCUGCUGGACCCGGCGCACGCGGCCAUUCUCUUCAGGGACUCCAGAGGGUUGCCAGUCGCCGACCCUUUCCUCGAGAAAGUCAGCAUGGCUGAUUUGGAGGAGGAUGAGAGCCAGAUCUUUGUCAAGUUCUUCCGUUACCACAAGUGCUACGACCUGAUUCCGACCAGCGCCAAGUUGGUCGUUUUCGACACCCAGCUUCUGGUGAAGAAGGCCUUCUUUGCCCUUGUGUACAAUGGGGUGAGAGCGGCGCCGUUGUGGGACUCGAAGCAGCAGCUGUUUGUCGGUAUGUUGACGAUAACAGACUUCAUCAAGAUCCUGCAGCGCUACUACAAGAGUCCGUCGGUGCACAUGGACGAACUGGAGGAGCACAAGCUGGAGACGUGGCGCGGCGUUUUGUUGGAGGAGGUGAAACCGCUCGUGUCCAUCGGGCCGGACGCCUCCCUCUACGAAGCCAUCCGCACCCUCAUCCACAAGCGCAUCCAUCGACUGCCAGUCAUCGACCCCACCACCGGCAACGUCCUCUACAUCCUCACCCACAAGAGAAUCCUCCGCUUCCUAUUCCUCUAUAUAAACGACCUGCCAAAGCCGAGCUACAUGCACAAGCCGUUGAGCGAGUUGCGCAUCGGCACUUACGAUAACAUCGAAACGGCCAGGCCGCAUACGCCAAUCAUCGAAGCGCUGCACAAGUUCGUGGAGCGCCGAGUCUCAGCCUUGCCCAUUGUUGAUGACCAGGGCAGGCUGGUCGACAUUUUCGCCAAGUUUGAUGUGAUUAAUUUGGCAGCUGAAAAAACGUACAACAACCUGGACGUGUCACUGCAAAAGGCCAACGAGCACCGCAACGAGUGGUUCGAGGGCGUGACCAAGUGCAAAAUGGAUGAGACUCUAUUUGCUGUCAUGGAAAGGAUAGUCAGAGCAGAGGUCCAUCGGUUGGUGAUUGUGGACGACGAGGACAGAGUGAUCGGGGUCAUCUCGUUGUCUGACCUGCUGAACUACCUGGUGCUGCGGCCGAGCGGGGAGGCCGAGGACGAGCCCCUGCUGAGCUCCGUGUCCCUCUUGUCCGACUCGGAGACAAUCCCGGAGGAGAGCCAGGAGGAGGAGGCGGAGCGGGAGCAGCAGGAGCUGGCCGAGGAGCCCUUGGAGGCGGCGGCAGCGGCGCCGCCCCUGCCCCAGUGGCGGGAGGUGGCCGUCUCCGGGGGCGGCGAGUGAAAUCCAAUCCAGAAACAAACACACACAUUCCAGUGGCAUUCCCAGCAAUAAGGAAGAAGUACGAGUGCAGUGCCGAGACAAGAAAAAUAAAACUGCUUUUCCUCUUUAGCUGACAAAUUGCGCUUUCCCUCUUUUUCCGGUUCUUCUUUUCUCCCCGUCUGCUAAUUUGGCUCCCUUUUCUUAGGUCGCGGGGGUGGAAAGAGAAGACGCAGAAGAAUGAGUCGACUAGGUCUGAAAAGUAAUAUUGAAAGCGAGUCGUGAGAAAGUGAUGUUGAAAGAAAUGUAAGAAAAAAUAGCAUAUUAUGUUGAUUGUUUGUUUGGCAGGUGAAAAUUUUGUGAAAAUCCUUUUUAAUUUUAAAUACUGUUGAUUGUAGGCCAAUUUUGUAAAUUAAUCAAGAAUAGAAAGCGCAUAAAAACAAAAAUGAA